AGUCAACCGUUAGGGCUUCCCGGUCAUUUCAAUUGUCGGAAAAAAUUUUGGACUAACAAAUGCUCCGACUCCCCCGAAUUUUCCGAGUUCCGCCGCCGUCGCUGAUUCCGACGCCGCCGUGCUAAUUGAAACUUCCGAUUUGUCAAUUAAGCAUUUCUGAAACUCCGGGAAUGGCUUCUUCGGAGGCCAAUUCCCGCCUCGGCCAAGUGGUGGUUCCCGCCCUCGAUCAGAUCAUCAGAAACGUCUCGCGGCGGAAGCACGCGAAGCUCGUUUCCGAUUGCAAAUCGGCCAUUGAUAACCUCAAUGGAACGGUUCAGAGUCGCUCUCCGACCGCGGCUACCGCCGCGUCCUCGCCAUCGAAAGGGGUGUCCGAUCCGGAGGAGGCGUCGCUCGCCGGAGUUGUUCUCGGCCUCUCAUUGCUGGAAUCGGAGGUAAUUCUGAACCCUAUAAUCGAUGCGCUGUCUCUCAAUCAAAUUAAAGUCUCGGCGCACGCUCUGGAGGCGGUGCAGAGACUGAUCGCCGGAGCGUUUCUGCACGGCGAGCCCAGCCACGGCGGGGAUCCCGGCGCGAAAUUGCUGGCGAAAUUGAUCGAUUCGGUGUGCAAGUGUCACGAUUCCGGCGACGAGAACGUCGAAUUGAUGGUGAUCAAGGCGCUCCUCUCGGGGGUCGCUUCUGUGCCGCUGCGCAUACACGGCGACUGUUUAUUGCACGUUGUGAAGACCUGUUACGAUAUAUAUUUGAUCAGUAAGAACGUAGUGAGCCAGACGAUUGCAAAGGGGACAAUGGCUCAGAUUUCAGCUUUUGUGUUUAGGAGAAUGGAGGCUGAUUCUGUAGCCAUUUCAUUACUUCCAGUUGUUGCAGCAGAGCUCAUGGAGGCUCCUAGCAAGCCGAACGACGACAAUUCAGUGACAUUGUUUUCGUUAGGUUUCAUAACUAAGAUAUUGCAGGAUAUUGAUGUGGUUAAUAAUCCUAAGGGUAAUGGAAGGUUAGAGGUGGGGGGACAGGACGUGGAUAAAAUCCCAGAUUCGGAGGGUGGUUCUGUAGAUAAGGAUUCGUCGGACAAACGGCAGUGGGAGAUCAGUAUUUAUAAGAAGGCAUUAGAGGUAAACAAGGGAAUGGUAGAAAAUGGAGAGGGGGAAGCAACCGAUGACUUGGAUGUUCAGAUUGGGAACAAGCUAAGACGGGAUGCCUAUGUGGUUCUCCGGGCUUUGUGUAAGCUCUCGAUGCAGGCUCCAGCGAAGGAUAAUACCGUAGAUUCACAGACAAUAAAGGGGAAGAUCGUUGCCUUGGAGUUGCUCAAGGUUUUGUUGGAUAAUUCCGGGACAACAUUCAGGACAAAUGAAAGAUUUUUAGAUGCUAUAAGGCAGUACUUGUGUCUGUCAUUGUUGAAGAACAUUGCGUCACCUCUUACAGUCAUUUUCCAGCUUUCUUGCUCAAUAUUCACUAGUCUGGUCUCAUGGUUUAGAGCUGGUCUGAAGGCUGAAGUUGGAGUAUUCUUUCCUAUGAUUGUGCUUAAAGUAUUAGAAAACGUCGCACAGCCAAAUUUUCAGCAAAAAUUGACAGUGAUUCAGUCCUUGGAGAAGCUGUCUGCUGAUUCACAGAUCUGGAUAGAUAUAUUCUUUAACUAUGAUUGUGAUGUUAAUGCGACGAACAUAUUUGAGAGGGUGAUCAAUGGAUUGCUGAAGACUGCUCAAGGUGUUUCGCCGGGUGGUUCAAAUACACUCCAGCCGUCACAAGAUGUUAAUAUGAAGCAAGAAGCUAUGAAGUGCUUGAAUACUAUUUUGAAGUCCAUGGGUGACUGGAUGGACAAGCAGCUUCGUAUUUCAGUUUCUGCUUCUCCGAAGAAUGCCGAAGCUGUGGACAAUAAUAAUGAUCCUGAAAGUUUUUCUCCAGUAAGUGAAAUUGGAGACGAGCCCAGUGAACCAUCAGAUACUAAUACUGAAGCAAGUGAUAUUUCUGAGGUUUCAAGUAUUGAGCAGCGUCGAGCAUACAAACUUGAACUUCAGGAAGGCAUUUCUCUUUUCAAUCGGAAGCCCAGUAGAGGUAUUGAAUUCCUCCAGAAGGCGAAUAAGGUGGGGGCCACUCCAGAAGAGAUAGCGUCUUUCCUUAGAAAUGCAUCUGGUUUAAAUAAAAUGAUGAUUGGUGAUUAUUUGGGUGAAAGGGAGGAUUUGCCGUUGAAAGUGAUGCACGCAUAUGUGGAUUCUUUUGAUUUUCAAGGGAUGGAGUUUGAUGAGGCAAUCAGAAACUUCUUACAGGGGUUUAGAUUACCGGGUGAAGCCCAAAAAAUUGACCGUAUCAUGGAAAAGUUUGCCCAAAGGUAUUGCAAAUGUAAUCCGAAUGCCUUUACAAGUGCUGAUACAGCCUAUGUUCUUGCAUACUCUGUUAUAAUGCUCAACACCGAUGCUCAUAACCCUACAGUGAAGAACAAGAUGUCAGCAGAGGACUUUAUAAGGAACAACCGUGGUAUAGAUGAUGGGAAAGAUCUACCAGAGGAGUAUAUGAGAUCUUUAUUUGAGCGAAUAUCGAAGAGCGAGAUUAAAAUGAAAGACGAUGAGUUGUCUAUUCAGCAUAAGCAAUCUAUGAACUCAAACAGAAUGCUGGGCUUGGAUGCCAUCCUAAAUAUUGUAAUACGCAAACGGAGUGAAGAUAGCUUGGAGACAGGCGAUGAACUCAUGAAACUUAUGCAAGAACAAUUUAAUGAAAAGGCUUACAAAUCUGAGUCCACUUAUUAUCCUGCAGUGGAUGUGGUGAUCCUCAAAUUCAUGAUCGAGGCAUGUUGGGCUCCCAUGCUGGCUGCAUUCAGUGUUCCUCUUGACCGAAGUGAUGAUGAAGUCAUAAUAUCCCUAUGCUUGGAAGGUUUUCGCAUUGCAAUUCAUAUCACAGCGGCAAUGGCCAUGGCAAUGCAUAGGGAUGCUUUCAUUACAUCUCUGGCAAAGUUUACGUCCCUCCACUCGCCUGUGGAUAUCAAACAAAAGAACAUCGAUGCAAUCAAGGUUAUGGUUGCUAUCGCAGAUGAGGAUGGGAAUUACUUACAAGAGGCUUGGGAGCAUGUCUUAACAUGUGUUUCUCGAUUUGACCAUCUGCGUGUCUUGGGUGAAGGGGGACAACCUUAUGCAACAUUGUUUUCAAUUUCUCAGAAUGAAUUCGACAAAUCUAAACAGGCUCGGAAGAAAGGAUCUGCUGCAUCAGCUAUGUGGAGGAGUUCAUACGAUAGUAUAGGUGCAGGUGGUACUACUUUCCCGGAAAUAACAUCUACCCAGCUAAAUAACUUGUUCACUAAAUUAAACUUGCUGGAAAAAGUCGGUGAGAUGAAUCACAUAUUCGUGCAAAGCCAAAACCUCAACAGUGAGGCCAUAAUUGAUUUCGUCAAGGCGCUUUGCAAGGUAUCCAUUGAUGAACUGCGAUCCACACCUAAUCCACGGGUUUUCAGCAUUACAAAGAUAGUCGAGAUCACGAACUAUAAUAUGAAUCGGAUCAGGCUUGUCUGGUCAAAGAUCUGGCACGUGUUGUCUGAUUUCUUCGUGACCCUUGGUUGUUCAGAAAACCUUUCGAUUGCUAUAUAUGCUAUGGACACUUUACGCCAAAUUUCAAUGAAGUUCUUGGACCGAGAGGAAUUGGCUAAUUAUAACUUUCAGAACGAGUUUAUGAAGCCUUUUGUAAUCGUCAUGCGCAAGAGUAGCGCUGUUGAAAUCCGGGAAUUGAUCAUCAGAUGCGUUUCUCAGUUAGUGUUAUCGAGGGUCGAUAAUGUCAAGUCCGGAUGGAAGAGCAUGUUUAUGGUCUUCACGACAGCUGCUUACGACGACCAUAAGAACAACGUCCUCCUAGCAUUUGAAAUAAUCGAGAAGAUCGUGCGAGAUUAUUUCCCCUACAUUACUGAGACCGAAACGACUACUUUCACAGACUGUGUAAAUUGUCUUGUGGCAUUCACCAACAGCAGAGCCAACAAAGACAUUAAUCUUAACUCCAUCGGUUUCCUCCGUUUCUGCGCUGUCAAACUCGCCGAGGGCGACUUAGGCAAGCGAAAUUCCGAAAACGAUCCCCCAAUCCGAAAGGACAAGGUGGAUUAUCUCUAUUUAUGGUUUCCUCUGCUUGCAGGUUUGUCUGAACUGAGCUUCGACCCGAGGACAGAAAUCCGGAAAAGCGCUCUACAAGUGCUCUUCGAAUCCUUACGCCAGUAUGGUCAUCACUUCUCUUUGUCUUUAUGGGAAAAGGUGUUCGACUCUGUACUUUACAGAAUCUUCGACCAAGCUCUACACGCCGUUGAUCCCUACGGCAGCAACAAGCCCCCGACGCACGCAGAAGGGGAGGAAAGCCGAGAUCGGGAUGCAUCGAUCGUUGAGACGUGCACUUCUGCUCUGCAGCUUGUCGUCGAUCUGUUUAUCGAUUUCUACGACACGGUGAAUCCCCUUCUGAAUAAACUGCUGGAGAUAUUUGUCGCUUUCAUCAAGUCCACUCAUCAGACGUUCGCCGGGGUCGGGAUCGAUGCAAUGGUUCGUUUGACGAGCAAAUCCGGGGAGCUGCUCUCAUUAGACCAAUGGUUCGACGUCGUUUCAUCUCUCAAACUAGCUGCCGGCGAAACGCUACCCGAUUUUUCGUUCGUGCUCACUGAGAACAGCAAACUUUCGGAAAACUCGAAUGGAAGUGCGGCGGAGUUUGAAGCUUCGGGUGCGGAUGAAAUGGAUAAGUUGAGGAGAGAAUACUUGUCCGCAGCUAUAUCGUACGCCAAAUCCCGAGCCGCCAUUCAGAUGCUACUCGUACAAGCGAUCAUGGACAUCUACGACGCGCACGGCGACGGCCUUGCGGUGAAAAACACGAUUGUCCUCUUUGAAGCAGUCCAUUCGGUCGCGUUCCAUUCGCACAAAAUCAACGGCGAUAUAUCGCUCCGUCAGAAGCUGCAGGAACUCGAGGGCGUCACGCAAAUGCCGGACCCUCCUCUGCUUCGUCUCGAGAAUCUCUCCUACCAAAUCUGCCUCACGAUGUUGCAGACCCUCGUCUCCGACCGGAAUCCAAGCCCUCGGCACUCCGCCGAAGUCGAGACGCAUCUCAUUGGCCUCUGCCGCGAGGUUCUCCAGUUCUACGUGGAGGCUGCACGUGCAAAGCAGCUGCAGAUGCCCGGCGAUCCACCGGAAAGGCGGCCGCAGCCGCUGUGGGCUGUUCCCCUGAGCUCAGGACGGCGGAAAGAAAUGGCGGCACGGGCGCCAGUCGUUGUGGCGACUCUGCAGGCGAUUUGUGGGUUGGGCGACGUGUUGCUGGAGAAGAACUUGCCCGCCUUCUUCCCGUUGAUUUCGAGCUUGAUAAGCUGCGACCAUGGCUCGACGGAGGUACAGCUGGCGCUUAGCGACAUGCUUAUCGAGUCGGUGGGGCCGGUUUUGUUGAGUCGAGCUGUCUCGUCGUAGUUUGCUGAGAAGCUCGUCGAUGGCUGUUGGAGUUGCGGUAGAUGCGAUUGGUAAGGUUUUUUUCGAAUUUCUGGCGUGCCUGUGGCCGAUUUUAUUGAGCUGACUCGAGCCAAACAUGAUAAUAAAAUUCUUUUAAAUUUUUUUUGGAGGGAAGGUUGAGGAAUUUGUGUAGAGUGAUGAGAGGAUAUAUAGCCUUAAGAAAUACUUUUUAGUAUCUUUUGAACUUCAUUUUAUUUCCAUUUUUUGGAACAUGUUAUUGUAUAGGAAUUAUAAUUUCUAUUA